UGUGGCCAUCUGGAGGGAAGUGACAGAGAUCACAAAUAUACAUCUGACCUGUCAGAGGUCACCAAUAUAUCUGACCCAUCAGAGGUCACUGAUACAUCUGACCUGUCAGAGGUCACCGAUACAUCUGACCCAUCAGAGGUCACCGAUACAUCUUACCUGUCAGAGGUCACCGAUACAUCUGACCCAUCAGAGGUCACUGAUACAUCUUACCUGUCAGAGGUCACCAAUAUAUCUGACCCAUCAGAGGUCACCGAUACAUCUGACCCAUCAGAGGUCACCGAUACAUCUGACUGGUCAGAGGUCAUCGAUACAUCUUACCUGUCAGAGGUCACCAAUAUAUCUGACCCAUCAGAGGUCACUGAUACAUCUGACCUUUCAGAGGUCACCAAUACAUCUGACUGGUCAGAGGUCAUCGAUACAUCUUACCUGUCAGAGGUUACCAAUAUAUCUGACCCAUCAGAGGUCACUGAUACAUCUGACCUGUCAGAGGUCACCGAAACAUCUGACCUGUCAGAGGUCACCGAUACAUCUGACCUCUGACAGGUCACCGAUACAUCUGAC